AUGGCCCUCUUGUAUGAAGUUAUCAUGCUGCAAGUCCUCUUGCCCUGGGCUGGCAGGGUUAACGCUUCACAGUUUACCCUCUUGUUGUCUUUACCUAAUACUUCCAUGCCCUUCAGUGUGGGUAGGAUUGGGGCAGGAGCUCUCAUUGCCAUUGAUACUGUGAACAGGAGACCGGAUGCUUUCUCAGGUCACAGCCUGGAGUAUGACUAUGUGGAUGAUGAGUGUUCAGAUGUGACUGGUCCAGGAAAGAUUGUUGAGAGGCAUCAGAAGAAGAAUUACAGUGCGUUCAUUGGUCCCAGUUGCUCCCAUGUGUGUGCCGUUGUUGCCAAGCUGGCCGUCUUUUGGAACAUACCUGUCAUCAGUCCCACGUGUGCCAACCAGCAGCUACUGGACAAAACGGGCUAUCAAACACUUACCCGAGUCUUUGGCCCUUUCACCAAAAUGGGCUCCUUCUUUGUGAAGAUCUGUGAGACGUUUGGUUGGAGUCGUAUUGGUAUCAUACACGACCCUGACCGCGUCUGGAGAAUCCCAGCUGAAGGAAUCAGGUACCAAGCUCAGGUUAAUAACAUCACCGUGGCAAAGUUUGUAGAGUUUGAUGCUCCUCUGGUCCAGGACCGAACGUACCGUACACACACUCGCAUACUGAUGGACGUAGCUCAGGUGUCCCGCAUUAUAGUCAUCUCAUUGCAAGGAGAGGCCGUUCGGAGGUUUAUGAUUCAGGCCCACAGGAAUGGGCUGAUCAACGGGGAGUACAUCUUCUUCUGUUUCGAACCUUACCAGCUGGAGGAGAUGUUUGGCAGAUUUGACUGGAGAAGAAGAGAUGAGGAUGACUCCGUGGCUAAAACAGCAUAUCAGGCUUUGUUCCUCUUGUCUCUGUAUCAGCCUGAUGAUCAGAGGUACUGGAACUUCUCCGCUGAGGUCAUCCGUCGCUCCAAAGAGGAUUUUGGUUACAGAUGUGCAGCUGGUGAAAAGGGAGGUCUAAAACAACUUGUGUCCAUGUUUGCAGCCAUUGCACAUGACUCUGUGCAGCUUUAUGCUCAGGCUCUGAAUGAAACAUUGGCUGAGAAUGGAGACCCUUAUGAUGGCGUCACCAUUACCCACAAAAUGUGGAACAGAACAAUUAAAGGUAUACAGGGUGAGGUAACCCUAGAUAGCAGUGGAGACCGAGAGUCCGCCUACAUGAUGAAGCACAUCCAAGGGCACGAGGGGGAAUUCAAAGUUAUAGCAAACUACUUCUGCACCAAAAAGGAGUAUGAACCUGUAAUGGGGGUAGAAAUCCACUGGCCUGGGGGCAGGAAAAGCCCACCAAAAGACACACCUGAAUGUGGCUUCACAGGUGAAUCCUGCACAGAGAGAAGACUUCUUGUCAUCAUGGGGAUGAUUGCUGGUUUGUUAUUUGCAGGAACAACUGGUGUUUGUUUGCUCUACAGCACCAAGCAAAUCUACCGCGACUAUGCAGCAUGGAGGUUUAGUAGAAAUACAUUCUACAUGAGUCUCCAAGAGAGUUUAAUGUUGUGGAAGAUUGACCCCAGUGAGGUGACAAUCAUGGUGUCCUCUUCAACUGACAAGGUGCAGAUUAUCUAUCUCAAAACCAAGGCUUGUCACACCUCCUUGCAGUCCAUGUUUGGCGACACAACAGAUGCGCCAGCUUCCCACAAAACGGGCAUCUACAAAGAGAACAUUUGCUGGGUGCGUUUCCUGACUGUCAAGAAUGUGUGUCUAAAUGGGGAGCUACUUAGCGAGCUGAAACAGUGCAGAGAACUGAGCCAUCCAAAUGUCUGCAGCUUUAUCGGCGCUGGUCUAGAGGCCCCACAGCUUUUUCUUAUUACUGAGUACUGCCCUAAAGGAAGCCUGCAGGUGAGCAUAAACAACCACCCGCGCCUGUUUCCAAAAGUUUAUACUAUUGCAUGACUUUACGGUUCACUACCUGCCUGUCUUCAGGACAUUUUAAAAAACAGCUCCAUCAAGCUUGACUGGACUUUCAAAUAUUCCUUGAUGCUGGACAUUGUAAAGGGGAUGGACUAUCUGCACCACAGUCCAUUGCGUUCUCACGGUCACCUCUCUUCCUCAAAUUGUGUGGUGGACAACCGUUUUGUCUUGAAGGUGACAGCCUAUGGCCUGAACCAACUCAGACAAACCCCAUCAAGCCAGGACGACAACAUCACCUUUCCCCAAGCAGUGUGGACCUUGCUGUGGCGCGCCCCCGAGCUGCUGAGGGACCACAUGCCCCUGUCUGGCACCCAGAAAGGGGAUGUUUACAGCUUUGGCAUCAUUGUUCAUGAACUGGUCUACCGAUGUGGCCCGUUCUAUAUCCCAAACUGCAAGCUUAGCUCACAAGAGAUUGUAGAGCGGGUGAAAGCAGGUGGUUGCAGUCCUGUGCGACCUCACACAGACCGGGUCUUAUGUCCAGAGGAUGUGGAGGCUAUGAUGACCUCCUGCUGGAGUGAAAGGCCCAUAGACAGACCUGACUCUUCCUCCCUCUGCCUUGCUGUCAAAAGACUCUGCCUCAGCAGUGGAAGUGACAACAUUUUGGACAACCUCCUGUCUCGUCUGGAGCAGUAUGCCAUGAACCUAGAGGAGGUUCUGAGUGAACGUACGGCCCAGCUCCAGGAGAAGAAGCGUGCCGAGGGCCUGCUCUCCCAGAUGUUGCCAAAGUCCGUGGCUGUGCAGCUCAUCGCUGGGAAGAUGGUGCAGGCCGAAACCUAUGAUUGUGUUACAAUCUAUUUCAGUGACAUUGAGGGAUUCACAGCCAUGUCGGCACAAAUCACACCCAUGCAGGUGGUGAAUCUUCUGAAUGAUUUGUACACAUAUUUUGACAAUAUCAUCGACAAUCAUAAUGUUUACAAGGUAGAGACCAUUGGAGAUGCCUAUAUGGUCGUAUCAGGUUUACCUAUCAGAAAUGGGAAUGACCACGCUAAAGAGAUUGCACUAAUGUCUUUAGCGAUAGUCCAUGGUCUGAGCCAAUACAAAAGCCCACAUGCACCACAUCAGCAACUAAAGAUCCGCAUUGGGCUACAUUCAGGACCUUGUGUAGCAGGAGUGGUUGGUCUGAAGAUGCCUCGCUACUGCUUAUUUGGGGAUACAGUCAACACUGCAUCCAGGAUAGAGUCACAUGGAGCACCAUUAAAGAUCCACAUCAGCAGCUCAACAAAGGCUCUUCUGGACUCAUUUGGGAUGUUCCACUGCCAACUACGAGGAGACAUCCCCAUGAAGGGAAAAGGACUUGUGAGGACAUUUUGGCUUUUAGGAGAGAGACAGUAA